AUGGCAGCUUUCUCCACUAGCAACCCACUAGGCAACCCACUUGGCAACCCACUAGGACAGAACAAUCCGCUGACAACGGACACGUCAGCUGUAGCUCUCAAGAUGAAUUCAAGUGGUCUACUUCGAGGAAAGAGUCACCAGUACCAUGACUAUUCCAGGCACCAUGUUUUCAAUAAGAAAUUGAAUGAGGCACUAAAUAGAGCUACACGAAUCGUUUUGGAUCAGAGAAGGCAGCUUUCGGACGGAGAUGAAAAGACGGGAAAGGAUGAUACGUCUUGGAUGAAGCCACCCAGGAUGCGGGUGCCAAACUAUGGUCCUGAUGCCGACAAGGCUGUUAAGAAUCUUCAGAAAGCGCGGAAGGAUCGAGCACGAGCAAAGACUGCUGCCAAUGUAAGACGAGCUCUUAUUGGAAAUGCAGUCAUAUGUGCAGCAAAGUUUGGUGCCUGGCUUACUUCUGGGAGCAGUGCCAUGAUGUCCGAAUUCGUGCAUUCCGUGGUCGACUGCGGCAACCAGUCUUUGCUCUUGAUGGGUCUUCGUGACUCAAAGAAUACAGCUGAUAGGUUGCACCCAUAUGGAUAUGGAAAAUCUAUUUACUUUUGGGCGUUGGUAUCCGCACUUGGAACCUUUUUCUUGGGUGCUGGAGUGAGUAUGUCUCACGCCGUUGGGGAAUUGAUGGAACCUUCCUUAUCAGAUAUCAGCAAUGAAGUCUGGGCCGUCCUCGCACUCAGUCUAGCUAUCGAUGGAUAUGUGCUAUCCGAAACUUUCAAAGACGUCCAAGAAACCAAGCCUAACCAUGUAUCUAUGUGGAAUCACAUCUCGAAUCUUCGAGACCCCGCUACAAUGGCAGUGCUGUUGGAGGAUGGCGCCGCAUGUCUUGGUAUUCUCAUUGCCAUCGCUGGUAUCGGAACUGCUCAUUAUACUGGAAUGCCUGUCUUUGAUGGCAUUGCUGGAGUUGGUGUCUCAUGCCUUCUCGGCGGUAUGGGUCUGGCUCUCGUUCGAGUGAACCAUAAAUUCUUGCUUGGGCAUGGUAUCGACAGAGAAAUGUCAGAUACGAUCGAGCAAAUCAUUCGUAGCCGACGAAGUAUUGACAAUGUCAAUCAUAUUCAAUCGCAGUGGACUGGCCCAGAAACAUUCAGUUUCAAAGCGGAAGUGGAUUUUGAUGGGACAUAUCUUGCAGCUCAAUUGAUGCCUCGUUAUCGUGGAGAAUUCGAGAAGGCCAGUGAAAACAUUGACCAAGAGUUGGAAGUGCUUCUGUGUUGGUAUGCGGAAGAUGUGAUGCGUGCAGUCGAACGUGAAGUCCGUCAUAUCGAAGCCAUGAUCCGCCAAAAGUAUCCUGGCGCAGAAUACAUUGAACUAGAACCAAUGAGUACCGAUGCUGAUCGGUUUGCCAUUGACGAUAGCUUUGAAGAAAAGCUGUUGAAUGUGGAACGAGAGGACGUGAAACGACUGAUUCGAGUCCUUUACGCACCAACGGAAUCAUCAUCGAAAGGCGAUCCCAGUACCCUUGGUUAUGGAACUGUGGAAGGAAAAGGCGACGACGCGGUUGUAAUCGAGCCUCCCAAAAAGGACAAGUAG